GCGCCUGCGCGCUGCGGCCAGCUCAAGGACCCGGAUUUAAAGAGACAGGCGCUACAACCGUCGUGGCGGCGCGCGGCCUGGGGGCGCCUGGUCGGAGGCCCGUGGUCCGCGCCGGAGCCCGGAAGGCAGCUGUAUGACUCUGGCUUUCAAGAUCCUCUUCCCACCAGUCUUCCGUGCCCUCAGCCGAAGAGAACCGUGCCUGUUCCGAGAACAUCACUGGCCUGACACAAGACAGUUAAGCCAGUGGUCAGAAACAGACCUGCUUCAUGGGCGCUGCCUCCUCCACAGAAGAAAGCCAUUUCUGUCAUUCCAGGAAGGCAGUCUAAGACCGUGUGCCACCUGCUUUGUUUCCUUGCCAGGGUCGCAUGUGGGACUCUGCAGUGGUCCCUGUGAGAUGGCCGAGCAGCGGUUCUGUGUGGACUAUGCCAAGCGUGGCACAGCUGGCUGCAAAAAAUGCAAGGAAAAGAUUGUGAAGGGGGUGUGCCGCAUCGGCAAAGUAGUGCCCAAUCCCUUCUCGGAGUCUGGGGGUGAUAUGAAAGAGUGGUACCACAUCAAAUGCAUGUUUGAGAAACUGGAGCGGGCCCGGGCCACCACAAAAAAAAUCGAGGACAUCACGGAGCUGGAAGGCUGGGAAGAGCUGGAAGAUAAUGAGAAGGAACAGAUAAGCCAGCACAUUGCAGAUCUGUCUUCUAAGGCAGCAAGCACACCAAAGAAGAAAGCUGUUGUCCAGGCUAAGCUGACGGCCACUGGCCAGGUGACAUCUCCAGUGAAAGGUGCCUCGUUUGUCACCAAUACGAAUCCCCGGAAAUUUUCUGGCUUUUCAGCCAAGCCCAACAACUCUGGGGAAGCCCACUCAAGACCUACCCCUAAGAGAAGUCUGUCCUCAAGCAAGUGUGACCCCAAGCAUAAGGACUGUCUGCUGCGUGAGUUUCGGAAGUUGUGUGCCAUGGUGGCUGAAAAUCCCAGCUACAACACAAAGACCCAGAUCAUCCAGGACUUCCUUCGGAAAGGCUCGGCAGGAGAUGGUUUCCAUGGUGACGUGUACCUAACAGUGAAGCUGCUGCUGCCGGGUGUUAUUAAAAGUGUUUACAACUUGAAUGAUAAGCAGAUUGUGAAGCUUUUCAGCCGCAUUUUUAACUGCAACCCAGAUGACAUGGCACGAGACCUAGAGCAGGGUGACGUGUCAGAGACAAUCAGAGUCUUCUUUGAGCAGAGCGAGUCUUUCCCCCCAGCUGCCAAGAGCCUCCUUACUAUCCAGGAGGUGGACGAAUUCCUCCUGCAGCUCUCCAAGCUCACCAAGGAGGAUGAGCAGCAACAGGCCCUGCAGGACAUCGCCUCCAGGUGUACAGCCAAUGACCUUAAGUGCAUCAUCAGGUUGAUCAAACAUGAUCUGAAGAUGAACUCAGGUGCAAAACACGUGUUAGAUGCCCUUGACCCCAAUGCCUAUGAAGCCUUCAAAGCCUCACGCAACCUGCAAGACGUGGUGGAGCGGGUCCUCCGCAACGAGCAGGAGGUGGAGAAGGAGCCCGGCCAGAGACGGGCUCUGAGUGUCCAGGCCUCGCUCAUGACCCCAGUGCAGCCCAUGCUGGCGGAGGCCUGCAAGUCCAUCGAGUAUGCGAUGAAGAAGUGUCCUAAUGGCAUGUUCUCUGAGAUCAAGUACGAUGGGGAGCGAGUCCAGGUGCAUAAGAACGGGGACCACUUCAGCUACUUCAGCCGCAGUCUCAAGCCUGUCCUGCCUCACAAGGUGGCCCACUUUAAGGACUACAUCCCCCAGGCGUUCCCUGGAGGCCACAGCAUGAUCUUGGACUCUGAGGUGCUCCUGAUUGACAACAAGACAGGCAAACCACUGCCCUUUGGGACUCUGGGAGUGCACAAGAAAGCUGCCUUCCAGGAUGCUAAUGUCUGCCUGUUUGUUUUUGAUUGUAUUUACUUCAAUGAGGUCAGCUUGAUGGACAGGCCUCUGUGUGAGCGGCGGAAGUUUCUUCAUGAUAACAUGGUUGAAAUUCCCAACCGGAUCAUGUUCUCAGAAAUGAAGAGAGUCACGAAAGCUGCAGACUUGGCCGACAUGAUAAACCGGGUGAUCCGAGAGGGGUUGGAAGGGCUGGUGCUGAAGGACGUGAAGGGUACAUAUGAGCCUGGAAAGCGGCAUUGGCUGAAAGUGAAGAAAGACUAUUUGAACGAGGGGGCCAUGGCUGACACAGCUGACCUGGUGGUCCUUGGGGCCUUCUAUGGGCAAGGGAGCAAAGGUGGCAUGAUGUCCAUCUUCCUCAUGGGCUGCUACGACCCAAGCAGCCAGAAGUGGUGCACAGUCACCAAGUGUUCAGGAGGCCAUGAUGAUGCAACGCUUGCCCGCCUGCAGAAGGAACUGGACAUGGUGAAGAUCAGCAAGGAUCCCAGCAAGAUACCCAGCUGGCUGAAAAUCAAUAAGAUCUACUAUCCUGACUUCAUUGUCCCAGACCCAAAGAAAGCUGCCGUGUGGGAGAUCACAGGGGCCGAGUUCUCCAAAUCUGAGGCUCACACCGCCGAUGGGAUCUCCAUCCGAUUCCCUCGCUGCACCCGAAUCCGUGAAGAUAAGGACUGGAAAUCUGCCACUAACCUCCCCCAGCUCAAGGAACUGUACCAGCUGUCCAAGGAGAAGGCGGACUUCACUGUAGUGGCCGGAGAUGAGGGGAGCUCCACCACAGGGGGCAGCAACGGAGAGAAUGAGGGCACCUCGGGGCCUGCUGUGUCGUGCAAGGCCCCCAGAGCCUCCCCCAAGCAGCCCUCCACUAGUGCCAAGAAGGCGGGAGGGAAGCUGAGUAGCCCCAACAGCAAAGGCGGCAGCAAGCCCACUGCAAAGCCAUCCCCUGUGAAAGGGGGACAGAAGCUGGUCACAGAGUCUUCUCCCAUGAAAACGGGGGAGAAGCGGAAGGCUCCUGAUGAGACCCCAUGCCAAACAAAGCUGCUCCUCCGUCACGGGCAGGGCCAGCAGUGCCACUGCUCCACCCGGUGCCUUCUUGUUGCCUUGCAGAGGCCGCCAGCCAGCGAGCAGAGAGGAAGGAGAGCUGUGCCAGCAGGCAGGCAAUAGAACAGCCCAGCCUAGCCAAGAGAGGCUGCAGGGACCCACCCAGCUGUUGGUCCCAAGUCACAAAUUACAUUAAAGGGGAGAAAGCCCAGUCUGGGUGUGGGAGUGCAGCAGUGUGAGUUUGUGCACCGGGAGAGAGCAGGGCCAGCCAGGCAGGAUGGGGAGAGGGCACUGGCUUGGUGACUGUCCUCCCACCUAAGGACCCUUUUCCCUUUUGUACUCCUUUGUCAGUCUUUGGUUUGACAACAGCUAGCAAGCACCUCCUGAGGCCAGUACCUAGGCUCCGCCCUGGGAGGAGCUGAUGACCCAAAGGGCAGAUAGACAAACAUUCGAUCACCGUACAGUGUGACUGCACCACCCCACACCCCACCCCCCGCCAAGAGUAAGCACAGAAGUCUCGCAGUGCAGGCCCUGAACCCAGUCCCCAGCAGAACUGUGGCACCUCACCCAUCUUCCCUCUAAAGCCCUUGAAUCCCUCCACAGUACUGAGCGGGGCUCUCAGCUCCCCCAGGCCAGCUAGUUGUGCACGGGAGACCGCUUGAUCCAGCAACAUCACUGAAUCUGAGAGCCACUGGCCCUGCCCAGCAGCCACUGGAUGGUUCUUAGAGACACGUACUUUUCCCUUCUCCAGGUCCCCAGUGUUGGGACCUACCCUUGCUCCCUCCUUUUCCUCCAGGCAGGGAUGGAGCGACAUGUCAGUCCUGCAUAAUCUGGAGUGGGUGGAGGAUGGGGGUCUUGAUGCCUGUGCCUUUUCUCCAGUAAACUUUCUCCUGACCGCUAGGCUCCCUC